AUGAGUCUGGUUAAGUCACUGCGCGCCCGAAAGUCAACCGCAACUCGAGCACCGACCCGACCGAAGAUUCGUCAACAAGAUCGGAGACUAGAGAGGAAGAGGACAACGAGAAAGAGUGCGCCAGUGUCGAGAGAAGUAUUGAGGUUUGAGUGUCCAGAACCCGUGCCAACACCUCCCGCACCAAGGAACAAGCGUCCCGAACCUAGUCAGCCUCGACCCCCAGUCAUAGGGAUGCCUUAUAUACGAGCAACCGGGUUGAGUUGUCUGGAGCGACGCAACAUGGAGGACAUGGCCCGAGACCUGCAUGAUGCCCGUAGUUGGAUUGCUUAUCAUCAUCACAACAUUGCCGACAUGUCAGACGUGGUGGAUGCGGUGUGUAGUUAUGCAUACUCCGCCCAGAGGACUGCAAUCAGAGCUAUGAUUACUAGCGCUGUAGCCGGAGGGCUAGCAUUGAUUCUGGCAGUGGCACUUGUCUGGGUGAUUGUGUUUUGGGGUUGA